AGUCGGUAAUUUAGAACAAACAUGCAAUGUAGGGCUAUCGGCUACUUACUGAGCUACAUUACCUCGGUCGGUUGGAAUACACAGACGUUAACUUUCUAAUGUUAUGUUGAAAGAUUUGGAAUGUAUUAUUUGUGACUUAAAGCUUUUAAGGGUUUUUGCUGAUGGAACCGCGAAGUCGGCGUAGGCAAGAUCACGACGACGCCGAGUUGUACAGUGUGGCGAAGGCUUUUCACGAUCACGCUUUACCCAGAAAGAAAAUGGCAGCGCCCUUGGAAGCCGGUCCGAAUAUAGAAAAUAUGUCCCAAGAUUUAACUAAAUAUCGGACUCCUCUUGUGUCACGUUAUGCCAGUCCCGAGAUGGCAUACAACUUUAGCGACAUGAAGAAAUUCACCACCUGGAGAAAACUGUGGACGUGGCUUGCCAAGGCGGAAAAGACACUUGGGCUGACAAUAACAGAUGAACAAAUAGCUGAAAUGGAUUCAAACCUUAACAACAUUGAUUUUGAUCGUGCAGCUAUGGAGGAAAAGAAGAGGCGACAUGAUGUGAUGGCCCAUGUACAUACGUUUGGUGCCUGUUGUCCCAAGGCAGCUCCAAUAAUACAUUUAGGAGCAACUUCAGCUUAUGUUGGUGAUAAUACUGACCUGAUAGUGAUGAGAGAUGCCUUUGAUAUUGUUCUACCAAAGCUUGCCAGGUGCAUUCAGCGCCUGUCCGUGUUUGCAGAGGAACACAAAUCCCUGCCAUGUCUGGCCUACACUCAUUUGCAACCAGCACAGCUUACAACUGUUGGUAAAAGGACCUGCAUUUGGAUCCAAGACUUGUUAAUGGACUUGAGGAACCUGGAGCGGGCGAGGAACGACCUGCGGUUCCGAGGGGUGAAGGGCACCACUGGCACUCAGGCCAGCUUUCUGGCAUUGUUUGAAGGAAAUGAAGAAAAGGUUGAAAUCCUUGACAAACUUGUAACACAGAUGGCAGAUUUUAAGCAACAUUUCCUGAUUUGUGGUCAGACAUACACGAGAAAGGUGGAUAUUGAUUGCCUUACAACACUGGCCAGUCUUGGGGCAUCGAUACACAAGAUUUGUACAGACAUUAGGCUGUUGGCAAACUUCAAAGAAAUGGAGGAACCUUUUGAAAAGGAUCAAAUUGGCUCCAGCGCUAUGCCGUACAAGAGGAACCCAAUGCGCAGUGAGCGUUGCUGCGCACUGUCCCGUCAUCUGAUGUGUCUAGUACAAGACCCUUUGAUGACUCACUCCGUUCAGUGGAUGGAGAGAACGCUGGAUGACAGUGCUAAUAGACGAAUAAGUCUUGCAGAAGCCUUCUUGACUGCUGACAUCGUAUUGAGCACGUUGCAGAAUAUAUCAGAGGGUCUGGUGGUCUAUCCGAAGGUGAUUGAGCGCAGGAUAAAGCUGGAACUGCCAUUCAUGGCCUCUGAAAAUAUCAUCAUGGCAAUGGUGAAAGCUGGUGCUGACAGACAGGAAUGCCAUGAGCAAAUCCGUGUGUUAUCCCAGGAGGCAGGGAAUGUAGUCAAGUUGGAGGGCGGGGACAAUGAUCUGUUAGAGAGGAUCAAGCGCAACCCCUACUUUGCUCCAAUACGAAGCCAGCUGUCGUCCAUUCUUGAUCCAGCAACAUUCACAGGGCGGGCUCCAUCUCAGGUUACUCAGUUUCUAGCAGAGGAAGUGAAACCUGCCAUUAAGCCUUACUCUGGGAAACUGGACGAAAUAUCAGAACUGGACUUAUAAUUUGGAAAACAAUAUAGAAAAGUCCAGAAAGAACACAAAACUCUAGCACAUACAUCCAAUUAUAUUUUAUUUUUGUAAUCUGUUUAUCAUGAUUAAUAAAUAUAUGAUUUGGGUUAAUAAAUUUUGUUCACAAUUAA